AUGUCAAAUAAUAUUAAUCCUUUAGCAGGGACGGCGCAUUUACUCGAUGAAUUAGAUAAGAAACUCAUGGUACUGCUUCGAGAUGGAAGAACCCUAAUCGGAUACUUACGCUGCGUGGAUCAAUUCGCAAAUCUCGUCUUACACAAGACUAUAGAAAGAAUUCAUGUCGGAAGAGAGUAUGGCGACAUACCAAGAGGAAUUUUUAUCGUUAGAGGUGAAAACGUCGUACUUUUAGGAGAAAUUGAUAAAGAUAAAGAAGAUAAUUUACCCCUGAGAGAGGUGUCAGUUGAUGAUAUUCUUGAUGCACAAAGAAGGGAACAAGAUGCUAAAAUAGAACAACAAAAGUUACUGUCCAAGUCAUUAAAAGAAAGGGGUCUCAAUUUAUUGGCAGAUCUAGGUCAUGAUGAUAUGUUU